UUGGUGCACGCCUUCGCCACGCUGAGAGGUCAGUACUCUAAAACGAGUGGAGUGCGCGAGCGCUGUAGAUCAGCCUGGCUGAACGGGAGCGCUCCGCGCAGUCAGGAGACCUCGCAACCUCCACGACUCUUCAUUCGGAGGAUCACACAACUCAGACGGUUUCAGGUUUUUUUGUUGUUGUUGAUCAUUUGACGACGUUCUGCCGAAAUACCUGCUGCGUAAAAGUGACUUGCGAGGAUAUUUUGUUGCUAUCGACCCAAACAAGAGACUUUUGCUUUCUUUUUUUGUUGCAAACCUACGCAUGGACUGUUUUGAAAGAAGCGUGUUUGAAAAGCUUGUGAUAGCUUUGCGCGCUAGAGUCUGUCACGACUUGCAAUGAACAGAAAGUUGACGCCUUACGUCGCGCGCUUGUGAAGGACGGCAGUGCAAUCUCCACGACAGACAAAAUAGGUCGACAGUUGCUUUAAUCCCACUGGGGAGGAGAGGCUAUUCAUAGCUAUAACGGUGUAUGAAAUUUUAUGACUCCAAGACUUUUAACAAAGAAACUACGCGUUUGAUAAUCUACUUUUCAGAUGGUCAGACCUUGCUCAACAUUAUAACAGGAAUUCAAUCGUACAGAGAACUUGCUUGCUGUCGUGAGGCAGGAGUUAGUCCAUGACGGUUGAGCGAUCGCGCAGUACAGACUCUGCCAUAUUUGCAUGGGCACCAAACCGCUGCGUUUAAGAACAGAGGUCUUCAUUUGUGGUUUCUUGGUUUUGCUGAAGUCAGUGGGAAAACAGAGCGUAGUUAACGCUUCAACUGCUGCUAUAUCCUGUGCUGCUGAUAGAGCGAGACAAGGCUCCUUUAUUAGUCUGGAAAAAAACAACCCAAAGCUGCAGAAAAGCGCGAGGAGAUAACUUUGAACAGUUGCAGAGGAAUUCCGGUUCUAUUUGAAGGUUUACUUGUGCCUGGACCCAGCACGAUUUUUCAUUCUUCCUUUGGAACUUUUCGAAAGAUCACGACCACGGACACCAGAGCACUUUUUAAAAAGAGCCAGGCUUUGUCAAAUCGUGAAGUGGCGCUUACCCAAGGUGUUGUGAUGCAUAUUCCCGUAGACCCGACCACCACGAGACGGUUCACGCCACCCUCCACGUCCUUCCCGUGUAGCAAGCUCGGCGACAGCAGCGGGGCGAUGAGCGCGCCGGGCCCACUGAGGACGCGGGCCGUCGAGGCGCGGUCUGUGGUGGACGUGCUGGCAGACCACCCUGGGGAACUGGUGCGGACCGACAGCCCCAACUUUCUCUGCUCCGUGCUCCCCUCCCACUGGCGGUGCAACAAAACUCUUCCCGUGGCUUUCAAGGUGGUCGCCCUCGGUGAUGUUCCCGACGGAACUCUGGUGACUGUUAUGGCCGGUAACGACGAGAACUACUCCGCCGAACUGAGGAACGCGUCUGCCGUCAUGAAGAACCAGGUUGCGCGGUUCAACGACCUGCGCUUCGUAGGAAGGAGCGGACGAGGGAAGAGUUUCACUCUCACCAUCACCGUCUUUACCGGGCCGCCUCAGGUAGCCACCUACCACCGCGCCAUCAAAGUCACGGUCGACGGUCCCAGAGAGCCUCGCCGCCAUAGGGUGAAGAUGGAGGACUCACAGAAGAUGCAGUUCUCUGAGCGGUUCAGCGAGAUCGAGCGCUACCAGCGCAGGAUGGGCACAACCAAUGUCAACACACGUCCUGCCCACCAGAGCCAUUACACUCCUUCUACUGCUUCUCAGAUACCAGGUCUGUGGCCAGACCAGAUUGAUACACCUCAGAUCAAAACCUGCAAAGUGGAGGAUGAGAUCCGUUGGCCAAGUACAGAGCUGUUCCAGCAGCGGACCACAUUCCCAUCCCUCUCCCCACUGACAGCGCCGCGAUUCUCCGACCCCCACAUGCACUAUCCUGGGCCUUUCACCUAUUCCACCAACCCCUCAGGCACGGGUAUCGGGGGCCUCAGCAUGUCGGCCUCCACCCGUUACCACACCUACCUGCCACCCCCGUAUCCUGGCAACCAGAGCCAGAGCUCCCACUUCCAGGCCAACACCUCUCCAUAUCACCUGUACUACGGCACCAGUUCCGGCUCCUACCCGUUCUCCAUGGUGCCAGCGAGUGGGGCUGGCUCAGGGGGGGAGCGCUCGCCAACACGCAUGCUGUCUUCCUGCACGGCGGCGGGCGGAGCCUCUGGCUCCGGCGGUGGGGCCACAGGCCUGAUGAAUGCCAGCCUGGGUAACCAGAGUGAUGGCGUGGAUGCUGACGGUAGCCACAGCAACUCGCCGACCACCAUGGGCACAUCGGGGCGCAUGGACGAGUCCGUCUGGAGGCCUUACUGAGCUGGGGAGGGGGAUGAGCAAG